CCCCACAAAUGGUAGUACUCAUCUCAAAAGCUCCAAAUUAAUGGAUGGCCUUAGCUUGUCGUCUCACCAUUUCCUGUCUCAUUGUCAAUCGUCUCACUAAUUGAUCUUAAUGUCUCUGUUACUCCAACUUUUUUCCAUAUCUGUCUCUCAAUGGUUUUCGAGAGAGAUUUUGGAGAAAGAAUCUCAAAUCAUCUUGCGUUAGGAGCAUGAUGAACGCAUCCAAUAAAUCAUCGAGAUGGAACUCAUUGACCAUUGGUGAGAAGCUGUGUGCUGCAUUUAUACCAUUUGUGGCCAUAGCUGAAAUCUUAUUGUUCGCCGUCUCUGGUUGCUUCAAUUACCAAACCCGCAGGCGUUCUAUUACUAAGAAGCUUUGUUUUGAUCAUGAUCAGCUUUCUCAGCUUGCUUUGGGUUCUAAUUUUAGUGUCAAUGAAGUGGAGGCACUUUUCGAACUGUAUAAGAACUUGAGUUCCUCAAUUAUUGAUGAUGGAUUGAUACACAAGGAAGAGCUCCGACUAGCACUAUUCAAUACCCCACAGGGUGAGAAUCUGUUUUUGGAUCGGGUUUUUGAUCUUUUUGACGAAAAGAGAAAUGGUGUGAUUGAAUUCGAGGAAUUUGUCCAUGCUCUCAGUGUCUUCCAUCCCUACGCGCCUGUAGAAGAUAAAAUAAACUUUGCUUUUAGGCUCUAUGAUCUGAGACAGACGGGGUUUAUUGAACGAGAAGAAGUCAAGCAGAUGCUCAUAACGAUUCUAACAGAAUCCGAGAUGAAUUUAUCAGAUGAACUUCUUGAGAUUAUUAUCGACAAAACAUUUGUUGAUGCCGAUGCUGAUGGAGAUGGUAAAAUCUGCAAAGAGGAAUGGAAGGAAUUUGUCCUUCGCAACCCCAGCCUUUUGAAGAACAUGACUCUUCCUUACCUUGUGGACAUCACCACAGCAUUUCCAAGUUUUGUUUUCAACACAUCGGUCGACGAUCCAAUUUGAAAGCCCUCAUUUCCUCGAUGGGAGUUCAAUAUGCAUGGCGCUCACAUGAUGUCGAUCUCAAUGAGACAGGAUGCUAAACGACAACCGAAUGCUCCCUUCACUCCAUGAAAAUUCCAACAUGGAAGUUUAGAAGCUUUUCGGCUUAAAACCUUUUUCAAGUUGCUUCUAUAGAAUGCAUUCGACUUCCAAUAGCAUGUAAAUAGUAGACUUUGUAAACAAAUCUAACUUGCCACCUAAUAUUUUUUUAUUAGUCGUUUAGAAUAUGACAAGUAGUCAGAUUUAAGAGAAUGUUUAGAAAUUUUCGUCUCAAGAUUUAGAAUAUACUUGUCUUG